UUCCGCGGGCCAAUCAACGAAAGGUCGCUCACACCGCCGGGCAUUAUUCCACAUUUCACUGGAAAACCGUCCCGUCCUCCAUCAUUAUUCCUCCGAUAAAGAACCGAUUAUCAUCCAACGGAAGUAUGUCUCGCCGGGUGCUACUGUGCUUGUGUGCCCUGGUGGCCGCGGCCUUCGCCGGCGAAGCCGAUGUUCUCGACUUGACCGAUAGUGAUUUCUCGACGCGCGUCGCCGAGACGGAAACCACCCUUGUGAUGUUCUACGCACCUUGGUGCGGACACUGCAAAAAACUGAAACCGGAGUACGCCAAGGCGGCCGAGCUGCUACGUGGCGAAGAUCCUCCGAUUGCGCUGGCCAAGGUCGACUGCACGGAAGGAGGUAAGGACACGUGCAACAAGUUCAGCGUCAGCGGAUACCCCACGCUGAAAGUGUUCAAGAACGGUGAGGUGUCCCAGGAGUUCAAUGGACCCCGGGAAGCCAGCGGUAUUGCAAAGUACAUGAAAUCGAUCGUUGGCCCUGCCUCAAAGGAUCUGCUGACGCUGGAUGCGUUCGAUGCUUUCCUCAAAGUGCAGGAAACGUCGCUGGUCGGCUUUUUCAAGAAGGAAUCGGAUCUGAAGGCUGAGUUCCUCAAGUACGCCGAUAGCCAGCGCGAACGUCUACGCUUUGGCCACAGCAGCGUACCGGCGGUGCUCGAGAAGCAGGGAGAAACCGAUGGCGUGUAUCUGUUCCGUGCCCGUCAGCUGGCGAACAAGUUUGAACCGGACUUUGUCAAGUUCGAGGGCAGCAGCAAGCAGGAGUUGGCUGAUUUCGUCAAGGUAAACUUCCACGGAUUGGCCGGAGUACGUACGCGCGACUCGUCGAGCGAUUUCAAAAACCCGCUUGUGGUCGUGUACUACGCCGUGGACUAUGUGAAGAACCCGAAAGGCACCAACUACUGGCGCAACCGUGUGCUGAAGGUGGCGAAGGAGUUCGUGGGUCGCGUCAACUUUGCCGUCAGCUCGAAGGACGACUUCCAGCACGAGCUGAACGAGUACGGAUACGAUUACACCGGCGACAAGCCCCUGGUGUUGGCCCGCGAUGCCAAGAACCAGAAGUUCAUCAUGAAGGACGAGUUCUCUGUCGAAAAUUUGCAAGCAUUCGCCACCGAGCUGGAUGAGGGUUCCCUCGAGCCGUACGUGAAAUCGGAACCGGCGCCGGAAAGCAACGACGGACCGGUGAAGGUGGCCGUGGCCAAGAACUUUGACGAAGUCGUCGUUAACAAUGGUGUCGAUACGUUGGUCGAAUUUUACGCCCCGUGGUGCGGUCACUGCAAGAAGCUCACGCCAACACUGGAGGAGCUUGGCACCAAACUAAAGGACGAGGAUGUUUCCAUCGUGAAGAUGGACGCUACGGCUAACGAUGUGGCUCCAGAGUUUGAGGUGCGCGGUUUCCCGACUCUUUACUGGCUGCCCAAGGACGCCAAGAGCAACCCGCUCCGCUACGAAGGUGGUCGGGAGGUCGACGAUUUCGUAAAGUACAUCGCCAAACACGCCACGAGCGAGCUGAAGGGCUUCGACCGCUCUGGCAACGUCAAGAAAACUGAACUGUAAUCUCUUAUCCGAGUCGGCCUCGAGAGUGCCCAUUGACCGGCAUUCCAGACUGUCCUCCCUUUUGGCUUUGGUUGGAGUUACUAACGAAACAUGGGAUCAGAAACAGCGUUUCCUGGCUGUCGAUGAUGUCCCGUUGCGAAAGAUCUGUCUGUUGGUAAUGUCCUUCAUUGUCACAAAAAAUUUCUCAUUAUGCAACUAUACGAUUUUCACGAUUGCGAUGUGUGUGAGUUCGAUACUUGAGCAAUCAGUACCAUGGCCAACGUGAUUUCUCCCUAGACUUCCUAUCACUCCUGCUCUUCGGACACAACACCGAACUUUCCUUUCUGCGAUCAAAUUGAGCGAACAAUCUGAGGGUUCCGAUUCUCAGAAGAACACCCGUGUUUGAAGAAGAAGUGGUUGGCACCGCUAGCAGGGAACUGCAUUUAAACGAUCGAAUUCGGUUUCGAACACUUUCCAUUAUCCCUCGGUGAACAGGUCAUUUACAAGACAAAACAGCGGAGAAAACGUACGAAAAGCCUACGAACGUUCUGAGGUGAUCGACACACGUUUUAUUUGUAGGCAAUACAGUUAGUGCUUUUCCAUUCUUCUUAUCCAGAAAUUAAACUGAGUUGUGAAUGAUCAUUUUUUCGAAUGAAUAAAGAAGAAACAAACUGAU